GCAGGUCGGUUGUUGGUGGCACCGGGUCGCAAUUUUUUGGCCACCGCAAUAUUUUCCCCGUUCUCCCCUUGAGUAUUGUAUAGUUUCCUUUUGCUGAUUUUUUUUUGAGUUCUAGCCCGGUUUUGACCAUCACCUCGAUAAGUUCGUUUGAGUGAUAAGCAACACGGUGGCCCUCGUACGCAAAAGCCAGGAUCAUCAUGAUGACAACACAUUGACGAGAAAAGAAGAAAUGGUUAAGUGCCGCCGCAAGGAUAUUAAACCUUUGUUUUUUGGUUGUGUUCAAUGUGGAAAGAAUCCUGGAAUAAUAGUGUGAACAUGUUUCGCGACGUGUGUGUCAUUGCCUUCUGCAAUUUUGAAAGUGUUAAUCCGAUUUGGAUUAUGUAAAAAGUGGAAAAGGCAAAAUAUAGCUGAAAGCUAACGAAAAUAGUUGGAACGAGUUCCCGGGCAAGAGAAUGCACAGAAAGUAGUGGCUGCCACUGGAAGUGUGUCAUUGGCACGUAGAGAGGAUGUGUAGUGGGGCGGUAAGGGGUAGUAACAAUGGCAAUGAUUGUUCGGGUGCUGGACAGGGCUACAGCUUAAGAUAAAAGAUCUCCAAUUGCGAAUUACAUAAAAAAAUUGUGCAUAAUUUCGAAAUAAAAUUGUGACGUGCAUCAUUCCAAUAAAUAUCAUUCGAAACGUGAACUAAUCCAGGAAAACCAGUGAAAUAUGAAAAAGAAAAAGAAACUAAAGACGUUGCUCUAAAAUCUAAAAAAAAAAAAGAUCAAUUUAAUUCAAAUAAAGUGAGUGUCUAAAUCAGAUCUAGUAAUCGACAAUGCCUUUCGGACGGAAAUCGCCAUUGGAGGCAUUGGCCCUUCCAGGUGUCAUUUUGGCCUACAAAUAUAGUCAGUUCCGGCAGCGAAGACGAGAAGCAGCCAACCGGCGGGUCACAGAACGUGAACUAUCGGCACUUCACCACAAGAUUGACAAACUUCUCAGCAAACUCGAAGAAAGUGAGCCAGAACCACCUACAUCACAGGAAGAUGAGUGUGUCAUAUGCAUUAAUGCACGCGCUACGAUGCAAACAUCGCCUUGUGGACACAGAGUUGUAUGUCGGCGGUGUUUUGUGAAAACAAUUCAAAGUGCUGUGGCUCAACGUCUUCUACCUCUUCGUUGUGUGAUAUGCCGAGCUCGUGUCAAUCGCCUCACCUCGACUUCUGGGAGUUGGCGCAUCCAGGAAUCGGCCAGUAGCUACUCCAUGGGAGCUAGAAGUUGGGCAUCUGCUCCUGGAGUUCCACAAUCUGCUAGCUCCUACUCAAUGGGCGAUAACAAUCACCAUCAUCACCUCCAUCAUCCACAUAUUCAUCAUAAUGGACAUCAUCACCAUCGUGUUGCACAGUCAAGCAGUUUGUACUCCAUGAGCUCGGGAUCAUCAUCAUUUUCGGGAACGUCGAAUAAUACUAGCUGUUCUGCAACGUCUUCCAUUUCAACAGGUGCUGAAUCGACAUCCACGGGCUCUACAUCGUCUUCUUCGGCCAGCAGUUCCGCACAUCAUCCUCAUCAUUUAUUAAACAAUAAAUCUCACCAUCAUCCGACCUGUGCUAAUGGUUGCCUUGGUGCCAUUCCACGCAAACCAAUUCUCAUGAAUGGUUCCACAACCAAUACAUACCCCGGCAGGCGCUACGGAAAAGGGAGAAUAGCUGACCUACAAAAUCGUUUGCCUCCGAUUAAAGAGUUUAAAAGCCCAGCCAAAGUUCCAACUCCUUCGCCGGUUCAUUUUGGAAACCCAAGAUUACGUAGCUAUGCUUCUUACACGAAACCAUCGGGGAGCCAGGAGGCCACCCCUUUGCUUAAGGACCCGUCGCCCUCACGGCCGGCUCAUUCGAAGUCCAAUUCCGCUCCUGUUAAAUCGCAAUCAUCGUCUUCGUCAAAAACCGCUGGAUUAACCUCCAAAGUGGGCCCACUCAACUCGAAACUACCAAUUCAAAAGAACGGUCUAACGACAAUGGAAAAACUGGCCAGCAAUAGUAUCACCAAAUCCCCGGACAGGGAUUUUCCUUCAUAUUCUCAUCAUCACCAUCCGAGUUCUUCCAAAACGUUUCCGUUAAUUAGUAGUAAAUUGCUAGGUAGUAGUUUAAUUAGUGGUAGUAGUUCUGCAGCAUCACGCAACCAUCAUAGUCAUCAUCAGGACGAAAAGGCUGACAAUAAAAAGAACGAAUCGAUGGAGAAACGGAAAAAGGAGGAGAAACUCAAACUGAAAGCGGAAAAGGAAGCAAGGAAGCAAAAGACUAAUUUUAGAAUGGUAUUGUUGGGCGCAAUAACCAACCGAAACAAAGACAGGGAUCUCUUGCUGAAUUCCGAAUGCGAACACUCCGGGUGUUUCCCUUUAAAAGGAAGAAAAACGCAUCGCCAAAGAGGAGGAAAGACUUGCGAAACAGCUUGCUAAGGAAGAGAAAAAAAAGGGGAAACGGGAAGCAAAGGAAUUACUGCUGGCUAAUGACGGCAACAAAAAAUAACAGACAGCCAUUCUAGGAAUCAUCAUAAGGAAAAAUAUUUUUCAAUGGAAGUAGAGGAGAACAACGGGAAAACGCCAAUUAUAUGGAAAUUGUGUUAAUGAUCAUUUUUUCAUUCUAAAGAAUUUCAUUUCUUCUUCUCAAGUGUCUUUUCUGAUUAUUCAUUUUUCAGUAAUAUUUAAAAAAAACGGCUCUGUUCGUAAUAUUUCAUCUUAUACAAUAUCAAACAUUUCAGCCACAAAUUUCAUCUGUUCAGAAAAAUAAUAAUAUUAACCGUCCUGGUUUUGAAAAGGUCCACUAAUAUAAGUAAGUCCUUUCAAUUGAUUAAAUAUGUAAACUCGCUCAUUGUGCGUUGCAAUUUGAAAUUUAUUACCUCACCAAGUGAAAGCCGAACAUGAGCAAUAUUUAGAAUUUAGGACGACAUUCUCAAGUUUUUUAUUGCAGCAAAUUAAUCUACAACAGUUCUCUGUUAGCCCAGAAUGAAUAAUUUGCAAGCGAGGGGUGGAAGUAUUAGCAUUAUAUUCCCUUUGUAGAAAGGGCUUCUUAUAAAUGCAACAAUGGAAAGGGGUUAACUAUAAUAGUUUGUCUAUACCAUCAGAACCAAAGAUUUUCAUUAUUUGAAACUAUUUGUUAGAUGUGAGGUGCUUACUUUGAUAAAGCUAAAAUUAGCCAUGAAUUUAUGUGUUCUUUCUUUUUCUUCAGCCUUUGUCCCGUUCACAAGCUGGGUCGGCUCGUCGUGAUCGGCUUCGCUUUUUGGCUCUGUCGAAUGCCUGAUCUGGGUGCA